AUGGGCGCCUAUCUCUAUGGGCGCCUAUCUCUAUGGGCGCCUAUCUCUUUGGGCGCCUAUCUCUAUGGGCGCCUAUCUCUAGAGGCACCUAUAUCUUUGGGCGCCUAUCUCUAUGGGCGCCUAUCUCUAGGGGCGCCUAUCUCUAUGGGCGCCUAUCUCUAUGGGCGCCUAUCUCUAGAGGCGCCUAUUUCUAAUGCGCCUAUCUCUAGGUCCGCCUAUCUCUAUGGGCGCCUAUCUCUAUGGGCACCUAUCUCUAUGGGCGCCUAUCUCUAUGGGCGCCUAUCUCUAUGGGCGCCUAUCUCUAUGGGCGCCUAUCUCAAUGGGCGCCUAUCUAUAGGGGCGCCUAUCUCUAGCGGCGCCUAUCUCUAUGGGCGCCUUUCUCUAUGGGCGCCUAUCUCUAGGGGCGCCUAUCUCUAUGGGCGCCUAUCUCUAGGGGCGCCUAUCUCUAUGGGCGCCUAUACCAAUGGGCACCUAUCUCUAGGGGCGCCUAUCUCUAGGGAGGCGCCUAUCUCUUUGGGCGCCUAUCUCUAUGGGCGUCUAUCUCUAGGGGCGCCUAUCUCUAGGGGCGCCUAUCUCUAUGGGCGCCUAUCUCUAUGGGCGCCUAUCUCUAGGGGCGCCUUUUUUUAUGGGCGCCUAUCUCUAGGGGCGCCUAUCUCUAGGGGCGCCUAUUUCUAUGGGCGCCUAUCUCUAUGGGCGCCUAUCUCUAUGGGCGCCUAUCUCUAUGGGCGCCUAUCUCUAUGGGCGCCUAUCUCUAUGGGCGCCUAUCUCUAUGGGCGCCUAUCUCUAUGGGCGCCUAUCUCUAUGGGCGCCUAUCUCAAUGGGCGCCUAUCUAUAGGGGCGCCUAUCUCUAGCGGCGCCUAUCUCUAUGGGCGCCUUUCUCUAUGGGCGCCUAUCUCUAGGGGCGCCUAUCUCUAUGGGCGCCUAUCUCUAGGGGCGCCUAUCUCUAUGGGCGCCUAUACCAAUGGGCACCUAUCUCUAGGGGUGCCUAUCUCUAGGGGUGCCUAUCUCUAUGCGCGCCUAUCUCUAUGGGCGCCUCUCUUUAGGGGCGCCAAUAUCUAG